GUUAGACUAAUGUAGGCGUGGCUAUAAUGAAAUUAAAAUUAUUUUUGGCGGAAUAAAUCUUGCAAAAAAACUUCAAGUUCCUCGUCAAGUUCAAACAGAAAAAUGAAUUUCUCGGAGAGCUUCCAGUCCAGUCGCCAUCUCGUCCGUUUCUCUCCAGACGGUCUGUUCCUCGCCUCCUCGUCCCAGCACCGCGUGGUCAUCAGGGACUCCAGUACACUGGAGAUACAACAUAUACACACCUGCCUCGACCCUGUCCAGGAUAUGGAGUGGUCUCCUGAUUCUAGUCUCCUCAUGUGUGCACUGUACAAGAGAGGGAUCGUGCAGAUUUGGUCUAUGGAUCAGCCAGAGUGGAACUGUAAGAUUGACGAAGGAUCCUCUCGUCUGAUUGGCUGCUACUGGUCAGCUGACAGUCGCCACGUCCUCACAAUGUCUGACUUUCACCUUCGCCUCACCCUUUGGUCGCUAGUGAAUAAAACAGUCUCUUACAUCAAGUAUCCGAAACUAACUCGUGGCGGGUUAGAGUUCAGUCCUGAUGGUCAAUACAUGGCGUUAGCAGAGAGAAGAGAGUGCAAAGAUCAUAUCAGUAUAUUCAACACAGAGAAAUGGAGCCUGCUCCAUCACUUUCCGCUUGAUACUAAGGACCUCAUUGGUCUCUCUUGGUCACCUAAUGGCAGUGUCAUCUGUACCUGGGAUUCUUGUCUUUAUUAUCAGUUAUUUCUUUAUUCGCUGGACGGUCGCCGUAUCGCCUCUUACACUCCUUAUUCAGAGCCUCAUCAUUAUAGUCUCGGCCUUCGUUCAGUCUCUUGGUCACCCACUGGUCAGUUUCUUGCCAUCGGCGGGUACGAUCAGAAACUCCGCCUACUUAAUCACAUGACUUGGAAGACGAUAGCGGAAUUGGAUCACCCAGGAAUCAUAGAGUCUCAGGUAGGCGUGGCCAUAUAUCGGGAAGUCGAGAAACAGGUUGGACCAGUUGAUCCAGCGACACUAUCACUACUAACGACCAGUGUAUUCCCAGUACAGAGUAAAUACGAGACCCAAGAACCACCUGUCACUUUACUGUCGAUAAAACCAGACCCGACUAAAGCCAAUCCUAAGAUAGGUAUCAAGUCAAUCUCUUUCAGUAAAGACAAUAGCUACUUUGUCAGUUAUAAUGAGAAUGUCCCCACCACCCUCUGGAUAUGGAGCAUAAAGGCAUCACUGGUUGCAUUACUUAUUCACAUAAAUCCUAUCAGAGACUUUCAAUGGGAUCCUAUACAAUCAAGACUAGCCAUUUGUACUAAUAAUGGUCGUCUUUAUCUCUGGUCCCCAGCUGGUGUGGUUAGCGUUGUUGUACCAGCUGAUCCUCCUAUUGCUAUACAGAAACUGCAGUGGCAUCCUAGUGGGAGGAGCAUUGCUCUUAUUGGCUCCACCCACUUUUCAAUAUGCUUCACAGACACUGCUUCAUCAUGAGUUAACUACUGCCUGUUUGUAUUAUUAUUAUUAUUUUAUCACUCUUACGGACAUUGUGUACAUCAUUGAAGUUGAACCUUGUACUUAACUAUGUUAUACAUGUCCAUUAAUGAUCA